UAACUUAACAUACGCCAGAUUCCUGUUACGACAAAUCCCGUCGCUUCACUGCCACCACUUGCUUCCAUCUUCCUAUCUCUCUCACUCUCAACUUAUACUUUGAACUCCUCAUUCAUACAAACCCUAACAAAUUAAUCGUUUAUGGCUUCGUAUCAGAUAUUGAAAUCCGGUUUAUAUCCGUUUUCAGCUCUCCAAUCAUCGUCUCGUAGGAACGAACGGUUAAUUUGUUACGAUAGCAGAAGAAUUAGGUCAAAAGUGGCGGUUAACAGAAGGUUUGUGGUGUCGUGCAAGGGUCAGGAUACCGAUGAUAAUGAAAUUAAAGGUGAAGAACCUACCGAAUCUUUGUUUAUGAAAGAACUAAAGCGACGGGGCAUGACUCCCACUUCAUUAUUAGAGGAAAGUUGGAGCUCCUUAAAAGACGAGAAUAUUACAUACACAGAAGAAGAUGGCGGUUUUUCAAAUAGAAACUCUGUAUCAGCAGAUUUUGAGAAAGCCCUAUCUAAUCAAAGGGAGCGAUCUAUGUCCUUGAACAGUGAGGGCCUUGAGGGUUUAAUUCCACGCGCUAAAGUCUUGCUAACCCUCGGAGGAACGUACUUCUUGGCAUUUUGGCCGCUUAUCCUUGUAACGUUGGCGUCCUUCUCUGCUGUUUACCUUUACUUUGGACCAAAGUUUGUGCAUGAUGCUACCACAAGACAGGUAUACCUACCCCAGUAUGUCGAUCCGUAUGCGCUUCUAGAAGACCAACGGAUCUCAGAAACCGCACCACGGCUAAACUAAAGGUACUCCAUAUAACAUCAAUAGCUAUACUUGUCAUAGUAAUGUUUCUCUAUCAAAUUCCACAAAAGUUGUGUAAAUGUAACCAAGAAAUCUUACAAAGAAGACAUUUAUUUGUAAAUAUAGAUUCCUACUUGUCCAAUGAAAGUCACCUCUAGCAACUUGUUAAAAGUCCCCUUGCUAGUGGAGUUCCAUUAUAAUAGUUAAA